CGCAGGCGCACCCGGAAAGAAAGCCUCUCUUAUUCGGCCCUCCCUUUCCAACCAGCUGCCGGCCGAGUUUGCAAAUAGUCAUUUCCGGGAAACAGGCGCUUGCUUUGUGGGGUGCAACAUGGAGACGACCAGUGGAACUGCUGAGCCGGUUUCCGGGGAACUGGCGUCUGUGGCACAUGCUCUUUCUCUCCCAGCCGAGUCUUACGGCAACGAUCCUGAUAUUGAGAUGGCUUGGGCCAUGAAAGCAAUGCAGCAUGCUGAAGUCUACUACAAGCUGAUUUCAUCAGUUGACCCACAGUUCCUGAAACUCACCAAAGUGGAUGACCAAAUCUAUUCUGAGUUUCGGGAAAAUUUUGAGAAACUCAGGAUAGAUGUGUUGGAUCCAGAAGAGCUCAAAUCAGAAUCAGCUAAAGAGAAGUGGAGGCCAUUCUGCUUGAAGUUUGACGGGAUUGUAGAAGACUUCAAUUAUGGUACUUUGUUGCGACUGGAUUGUUCCCAGGGCUACACUGAGGAAAACACCAUCUUUGCCCCCAGGAUACAAUUUUUGGCAAUUGAAAUUGCUCGGAACCGAGAAGGCUAUAACAAAGCAGUUUAUACCAGUGUUCAUGACAAAGAAGAAGAGAAAGAAGAAGGCAACCAUGGAAGAGAGAAAGGAACUGACAGUGGACGGGCAGAAGAGAAAGGAGAUAUCAGAGAAAGAGAAAAAACAAAAACCAACAAAGGAGAAGAAAAAGAGAAAGGAGCCGACAAAGAAAUUAGCAAGAGUGGUGAAACAGCUCUGUAAGGUAGACAAGGAAUAGCCCCCUGGAAGCUAUGACCCAAUUAUAUCUACAGAUACUACGAUGCUACUUGCACAGACCAUGUGGUUAAAUGUAUCUCUUUGUGCAAUUGAAAGACAUAAAGAAGGACAUCUUUCCAGCCUAAUAAUCAAGAGCUACUUUUGUUGUUCUCUUGUCUGAACCAGCUUAGAGACUAUUAGGGUGUUAGUUGAGCAUUUUUUGGUAUAGUGUUUCUUGGUUCUCACCACUGGUCAAGUAAGAAAUUUUACAAAUAAAUUUCUUUUGGUUCUUA